AUGGCAGACAGCUAUGAGUCUCUGUCAGGCAUCUGGACUGGAGGAACAGGCUCAACAGAGGCAGCCAGGGUGCAGAUCCACUCCACCCAGCUGGGCUGCAAGAUGAGCACGCAGAGGGUGGUGUCAGCCAGAACAAGUUGUGUCUUCCAAGAUGUUCACUGCGGAUGUACAAGAGAGGAGCCGGGCGCUGCCCGCGCACAUAAAACGCGGCGCGGCGCGGGGCCCUGCCCGCAGCCAUGCAGAGCGCGGCCUCCGCCGCCCCGCCGGCCCUGCACCUCCUCACCUCCUACUUCAUCGACAGCAUCCUGGGCCGGGGCCCCGCCGCGGGCCGGCACGGUGAGGGGCGGCGGGGAGGGCGGCGCGGUGACAGGUGGCCCGCUGAGGGGCGGCGGGGUCGCUCCACGGCCGGCCGCCCCAGUAACUCCGCGGUUGUCUCCCGCAGGCGCGGAACGCGCGGAGACGCCGCGGCCCGGCCGAGCGCGCAGCCCCGCGGGGGAGCCGCAGGCGGAGGAGCGCGAGGAGCGCCCGCCCGGCCCCGAGGCGGCGGGUCCGGUGAAGAGGAAGCAGCGGCGGUACCGCACCACGUUCAGCACCUUCCAGCUGGAGGAGCUGGAGCGCGCCUUCUGCAAGUCGCACUACCCCGACGUGUUCACCAGAGAGGAGCUGGCCCUGCGCCUUGACCUGACGGAAGCCCGGGUGCAGGUCUGGUUCCAAAACAGAAGAGCAAAGUGGAGGAAACGUGAAAAAAAUGAAAUUCUGGGGACUGUUCCGGGAAUCUCCUUAACUCACCCACUUGGUCUCUUUUUGGAUGUUCCACUGGGUCAUUCUCCCCUCCUAGAUCACACAUGGAGGUCAAUGCCUCUUUCAACAUUGGCUGUGCCGUCCAUGUCCCCAGCUUUUAGUCCUUCAACCUUAGGGCCAUUUGGCCUCAGCAGUCUUACCUGGACUUCACUCUUCAGAAAUCCUAUAUUAAAUCCACAUUUUGGCAGGUUUCUCAAUGCUUUAAAUCCUCUCGUGACAACAGCUUCAGUACUAAUGAAAGCUCCUGGACCCCCGUCAGACCCUGUUCUCACUGCCUUCACUGAUCCAGCAGCAGUUGAAAGGAAAACGUCAAGCAUUGCAGCACUAAGACUCAAAGCGAAAGAACAUUCAGCACAAAUCCCUCAAUUAAACCUCAUCUCCAGUCUUACAAACACUAACAAAGAACUUUGUUAG